CCAGGCGGGGCUCACAGUCGGCCUAUGGGCGCGCGCCGGGGGUGGGCUGUCCCAGCCCCUUACCAGUCCCACCUGGGUUUGUUAAAGCGACAGGCCCCACGGCGCGCUAGGGCUCCACCGGGUACCGCACAGCGGCCGCGGGGCCCUAGGCGUGCGGCGGGCGCCCGUGACAGCGGCGCCGCUCUGCUCGCCACGCCGGCUUCGGACAGCUGCCGACGUCCCUGGCGCGGCCGCAUCGCCCGGCGGGAUGGGAGGCGAGGCAGGGUCCGCGGCAGCCCUGGGCUCCGAGGGCCGCGUGAAGAUCCUGGGUCUGGUGUUCGAGGAUGAGCGCAAAGGCUGCUAUUCGAGCGGCGAGACGGUAGCGGGACACGUGCUGCUGGAGGCGGCCGAGCCGGUGGCCCUGCGCGCGCUGCGCCUGGAGGCCCACGGCCGAGCCACUGCCGCCUGGGGCCCGAGCCCCGGCGCCGCCGCCCCCGCCGCCGCGUCGGAGGUGGAGUACCUGAACGUGCGCCUGAACCUGCGCGAGCCCCCGGCCGGCGAAGGCAUCAUCUUAUUGCAGCCUGGAAAACAUGAAUUUCCAUUUAGGUUUCAGCUUCCAUCUGAACCUUUAGUGACCUCAUUCAGCGGGAAAUAUGGAAGUAUUCAGUACUGCGUGAGAGCCGUUUUGGAACGACCCAAGGUACCUGAUCAGAGCGUGAAGCGGGAACUCCAGGUUAUUAGUCACAUCGAUGUCAACACACCAGCAUUAUUAACCCCUGUGUUGAAAACCCAAGAGAAAAUGGUCGGCUGUUGGUUUUUCACUUCUGGUCCCGUCUCGCUGAGUGCCAAAAUUGAAAGGAAGGGAUACUGUAAUGGAGAAGCUAUUCCCAUCUAUGCGGAGAUAGAGAAUUGUUCCUCUCGCCUGAUUGUUCCCAAAGCUGCUAUUUUCCAAACCCAGACGUAUUUGGCCAGCGGGAAGACAAAGAGCGUCCGGCACAUGGUCGCCAACGUGAGAGGAAACCAUAUUGCUUCUGGGAGCACUGACACGUGGCACGGGAAGACUCUCAAAAUCCCGCCUGUCACUCCGUCCAUCCUGGACUGCUGCAUUAUCAGAGUAGACUAUUCCUUAGCUGUAUAUAUUCACAUUCCUGGUGCUAAAAAACUGAUGCUCGAGCUGCCCCUGGUGAUUGGCACAAUCCCAUAUAACGGUUUCGGCAGCCGGAACUCCAGCACCACUAGCCAGUUCAGCAUGGACAUGAGCUGGCUGACGCUGACACUCCCAGAGCAGCCAGAAGCGCCACCAAAUUAUGCAGACGUGGUGUCCGAGGAAGAAUUCUCUCGACACGUCCCUCCUUAUCCUCAGCCCCCUGACUGCGAGGGAGAAACAUGCUGUCCUAUGUUUGCCUGCAUACAGGAAUUCCGCUUUCAGCCUCCACCUCUUUACUCAGAGGUUGACCCACAUCCUACUGAUGUAGAAGAGACCCAGCCUGUGUCCUUCAUUCUCUGACAAAAUUCCAGAAAUCACUGUGUUCAUCAUCAGAUUAGAAUGUUGAUUCUUCCCCCCCGCUGCCUUUAUGGAAAAGAGGGAGAGAAGAUGAGCAUAAGAACAUACGUGAACAUCAAGGUUGAAGGUGAUAGAAAUUAAAGAAUGCGUGAACUUUCCAGUGGGCUGACGAGAAUGCGUUGCACAAAUUUAUGACAGGGUCAUGUGUCCCCUUAAAAGGAUCCAAUGAAGAUGUGACAAGUCACAGAAUGUAAUGGAAGUCCUGAUGGUGAGAGAGUAAGUGGAGGGUGCCUGCGCUGGACCCAGGAGAACAGAAUCUAUGUGGAUAGUGGGAACAUGAGACGAGCAAACCUUUAAAAAGGUUUCUCCAGGUGGAACAGAAGUUACCCUAAGCUUUAAGGAACUAUGGACUAGGUGGGAGCCUUGAUCUUGAAGAAGGUAGCAGCACAGAGGUGGGCACAAAUAGGAAAAAGACCCUCUCUAAAUAUGAAGGGCCCCUCAACGUGCCGGGGUCUUCAUGAUUUCUCCCCACGUCCCGUAGGACUGAAGCCCUUGAGAGAAUCUGUCUAUGGGCCCUAACGAAGCAAUGCAGUCUCAUUUUGUAAACUGGCUGCACAGUGUUAUGAAGCCAGGAAAGAGUUCUGUGCAAGGCCUGUCCGUCCAGAGGGGAAAGAUGGAUUCCAGUGUGAGGACACGUUUUGUUGAAGGCUGUACCUUUUACCCCCUUCAAGUACUCUGUUAGGAUGUGUGUUUGACGAUUUUCCCCGUGUCUUACUUACCUAGGAUCAUUAGUAGAAAAAGAAAGGGAAAAAAAAAAAAAAAGGUUGCAUCCUCAGGAUGCCUUGAUAACUACACAGAAAAAAAAUACGAAAAGAAAAAACCAAAACAACAAAAGCCUUUCUUAACCUACCUCUAGUGGGGUUAUCAGAAUCCUUACAAAACUCCAGGCAUGAUAAGCCUUCCGUGGAGUUUCUGCUAAUUGGCAGUCAUGAUCCCAUCUCACCUAUCACUAAAUCAGCAGGUGGGCCAAGGGAAACAUCUGUAAGGUCAGCAUUCAAUGAAAGUCAAUAUGUGUAUACCAAAGGGUGUUUCAAACUAAAUGCAGAAUCAAAAGAGGGUACAAAGUUUGAGGGUACCAUUUAAAAAAAAAACAGAAAAGACAAACAUAAUUCCUGCCAGAGACUUCAGUCUACUGACAGCAGUCAGCACGCUGUAUGUGAUUAUUCCCAUUCUUCAGUAAUUCUAUUUAAACUGUGAUUUUUUUUUUCUUUAUUGUUUUGGUGCAAUAUUUUAUUAUCAUUUAAUCUCAGGAUAUUCCGACCAACAAGAUUGUGUUGCUGCUAAAAGUCUGAGCAGUAUUCUUCCUGUCUCCCCACCCCCCUUCUUCAUGGUCACGUGCUCAUUUGCUUGUCCUUUGAUCUGUUGGUUUCCUGAGCCCAGAGCAUCCCCAGACAUCCCCGGAAGGGAGGUAGGGAUUCCCACGGGAGAGAUUUGGGACCAGCCAAGGUCUUUGGUUUUCUCCACGUUCUACGGGUUCCACCCAGAAACCCCGGUGCUUCCCGUGCAGAAUGCCAAACUUCAGUCCCCGGAAUGAGUCCUCUCUUCUUUCCGUCAGUAUAGUCAGUCGCGAGUAUAAAAGUCCUUUAUCUGAGGUUAAGUUUUGUAUUUAGAGUUAGUUGGCCCUCCUCCAAUCAGGGAUUUUUCUACAUGCAUGAGGCAAAUGCAUACUUUUCUUCACCCUUCUGGACAUACCUCUCUCUAACCACAUGAGCAUCUUCAGCAUCCUCAGCAGUUUUCUCACUGCAAGCCACUGUUUCAAAUCACAGUGCAAAACUGUUACAAUUGUGGUACUGAAAUCAUCACAGAACUUUAUUCCCUGUGCUUUGGUUUUUAGUGUGUGUGUUUUUUUUUUAUUUUUAUUUUUUUGCUUUGUUCUUUGUAUGUUUUUAAACAGGUAAUGUGUAUUUAAGUGAUGUCUAAACAGUUUUGUUUUUACUAAAAAAAAAAAUAAACGACCAUCUUCCACUGUUUCUUGACUUCUAAGCUGUAGUUUACAGGCCUUGUCAAGCAAGACACACUCCAUCUCCAUGUUAACCAAAACAAAGUGAAAGAAAUCAAGCAAAGCGUUAUGAAGGAAGAGAAAGGUUAGCUAUUUGGCCCCAUGUGGAAAGCCAAGUCGCUGGCUCUCCACAGGAUAGCUGUGUCCCCUGCAUCAGAGAAAUCAGGAGAAGUGUUCACAGAAUUAAAGCACAGCUGAGUUUGUGGCACUUAAAAGAGUAGCUAAAAGGUAUGAUUUGCCUUAUUGAUUUCGUAUCUGCAUACCUGACCUUAAGCAGUAAGGCUGAAACUGCAUUACCUUUCUGUAAUCAAGACCUUAUUUUCUGAAUGUAGAAAAUUCUACAUUGAAACAGAAUUCUUGGGAAUGAAGAUAAAAAUGUAGCUGCUAUUUGCUUGUUUAUUCUGUUGUUUGGUUUUCAAAGAAACUGUGGCCUUAGAAUUUUCUUUUUGAUGCAAAAAUUGGGAAAUUGAAAAUGUGCAUCUUUGGGCACACAAAACCCUUCCAUGGGCAGAACUUUAAUUUUGACAUUUUUGUUUUGCACAACAAGAAACUCAAUAGGCAGGGGUUUUGUUUUUGAUAAGUUAACUAUGAAAGCUUUUUUAUUUUUAUUAUUAAAAAUGUAACCAUUUAACCCACAGGAAAAAAUAAUAAAGAUUGUAUUUUGUACUCUGGUUUGAACCCCAUGGGUUCCUUUUGUUAAUAAAAUGAUGACACUAA